CGAAAUGGCGGCGCCAGUUUGAAAGGAAGCGCGAGAAGGCGCUUCGCAUUCGAAGGCGAGGCGCGCGCAAGAGUUUCCGCGAGGCGGCGGAUGCUCGCCUUGCCAUGGCUUCUUCGAAUCCGUGGGCUCCUGUGCAGCCGUCGGCGGCUGGGCUGCUGCUGGCUGGCUGCCUAUCCGCGGGGGUGGUGUCCCAGGAAACUGUGGAUAGAUGUGGAAAACCAGCUCCUUGCUUUGUUCGCCUCUCGGAGGCAGAACAAACUGCUGAUCUCCAAGCUGAAAUCAGUGAGAUGAAGCUAGAUGCUGAAAUCCUGCAGAUGGAAAAAGAUACAGCAGACAUUACUCAUCCAUUCUACCUAACUCAGAAAUGCCAGGCUCUGCAAGCGAUGAACAAACACCUAGAAGCAGUGCUGAAAGAGAAAUGGGUUCUUAGGCAGAGGCUAAUGAAACCAGUGCGUCAAGAAAGUCUGCCUAUUGAAGCUAUCUUCCACAGGCAUGUAGUAGAAUUGUUGGUGUCGGCAGUGGCUUUCAUUGAAAAACUAGAAACCCAUCUAACCACAGUAAGGAGCAUUCCUCAAAUACCUCUAGUUUUGAAAAACAUGGACAGUGCACUAACAAAGAUGGACUUGUUAGUAACAGACACAAAAGCACUGGCAGAACAAAUACUGGAGUGGAGAGAGAAAGUAAAGGAGAUCUUUGAAAAUUCACAGCUGACUGCUGAAUCAGAUUCCUGGUUCAGAAGUAUAACUCUGUAAUAGUGCACACUCCCCUCCAUGCCUUUUCCUUCCCAAUUCUCAGGCUACUUAGCAAUUUUAUGUGUUGAUAAAAUGCACGUGUUCUAUCACAUUUAAAGUCACUUGUGUCUGUCUGAAAUGUAUAUUUGUACGUAGAACUAGUGCUAUAUUAGAAACUGACAACAGAUGUUAAAUGGCCCUCUUGAGGUUCUGAGGAAUAUUUUAAAGAAGCAAUUUUAUGAUGUUGCCUUAACAAGACCAGCUUAGUGUACAUAUGUUUUAUAUUUUAUAGAAAAUGUUUUAUAGAAACAUUAUCUAUUUUUAAAAGUGAGACCACUCAUAUCUUGGUACAAAACUUUAAUCAAAAUACUGGACUGUAGACUCUUUUGUAUGGGUAGGAAACCUUUAGAUUCCACCCUGUCUUCAUGUGCAUAUAUGAGAAUCUGUAGCUUGAUACAUUUGCUCUUCAUACUGUUGAAUACUAUACUAGAAAAUAAUGCAGAGGAAGAGUAUGGGAAACCGUAUUCAAUUAGUAAUAAACAAACUAAAUAAAUA